UUCCGUUUAAUUCAACACCUAUCGUACUCUCAGGGCACCUCAGUAAACGAUAACAUACCGGACGCACAUUCUUCGGUUCACUACGCUUCUAUUUCUGAUGCCAUCGCGGUACUUAAAAGUUUAGGGGCUGGUUGCUUUUUGGCCAAAACCGAUAUUAAAUCGGCUUUCAGGAUUAUUCCAAUUCAUCCGUCCGAUUUUCCUUUGCUAGGCAUGAAAUGGGAUAAUCAGUUUUUCUUUGACGUAUGUCUUCCUAUGGGACUGUCAUCCUCGUUUCAAAUUUUUAAAGCUUUUAGUUCUUCCUUGGAGUGGAUCUCUGUGCAUCGAUUUGGCGCAUCCGGAGUUCUUCACAUUCUUGACGACUUUCUUUUUAUUGCGCGUACCGAAGAGCAAUGUCGCACCGAUUUAAGCAAUUUCGUAUGUGUGAUUAUCUCGGCGUGCCCAUUGCUCAGGAAAAAACUUGUGGACCAUCUCAAGUCAUACAAUUUGCGGGUAUCACACUCGAUUCAAUUAAUCAGGGAGCUCUUUUGCCGGAAGAUAAGCUUCAAAAAUGCCGCCUAUUACUUGAAUCCUUU